AUGGCUAUUCACGCACGCUGGGAUAUGAUGGCGAUGGUGGAGUUGGAGAAGGAUUUCAGAGAUGGGUUGUCAUCGCUUCGUACGGUGGAGACCUCCAUGAAAGUAGCCAACGCCGCUUAUGAGCUCGACGGCUUGACUCAGGUUACGGACUCAGCGAACGCGGUCAAAGCAACACGUGAUGCAGUCGAAGAAUUCGAAGCAACACAUGAUUUUCAAGCAACUCAACAAGCAACCCAAGGAGCAACCCAAGGAGCAACACGAGAAAAACACGAGAAAAAUGGCAGAGAUAAGUGUGGAACCCAGCGUCAGCCUAAACGCCGUGUCGUGUACGUGAAGAUGCGGCGUCGAGAGCGAGCCAACGUUGUUGUACUGUCAUCAGAAGAGAAAUACUGUUUCGCAAAAGCUGUGUUUGAACCUGUGAUGGAGCAUCUAGCGGAAUUGUCUAGCCCAGCGUUCUACUCUGCUCUGAAGGCUUGGAAAAACGUAGUUAACAGAUGGCUACACGAAGUUGGACCGGUCGAUGCACACACGUCAGAGGCUACAACAGCACCAGAAGACGGGUCAGGAGAAGACUCAGAUGCUAUUGACGCUCCGCUUGACAUAGCACCAGCCGACCUCAUUGAUACUAUGAACUUUACCCGUGAAAUGGAGCAAAGUGAAUUCGAUCCGCAUAGAGAGGCUACCGUGACCGCAUCAUCACAUGAAACUGAACAGGUUAGAUCAACCUCAGGGAAAGAAACAGCUCUAUUCAGCGACAGUGGCUCUAUCAAAUGUAAAGACCCGGCCGUUAAUUCGGCGAAAGCUGCAGUAAAGUCGACCAAGAAAGGAGCAACACACACUACAACACAAGGAGGUCGACUCGAAGUGCUACGCAUUCCAAAGCCCAAACCACGGUGCAACCAGCGCAAGAAACUUAAGCAAGCCCGAUUGGAGAAACGCACAAAGCCUGACAAGCUUGCGGUUAUUACGUUCCCGGAGAAAAACGUGCCAUCCUUGUCACGCGUUAUCGUGUGGGCAACAAACACUAUAGACCGGCACCGCGUCAGCGAGAUCUUGGCAAGUUACCCUACUAUCAUGGACGACGAUUUCAUGAACACGCGUGUUGCUGAAAGCUGUCGCUCGGCUGUGUCUACCGAGGAAUUUGAUUACAAUUUUGUGAUUCCCAAAUCUCUGGUCAUCAAGCUAAAAGCAGUCAUUCAAGCAGAACGGAAUAAACGGCCAAAGUCAAAGUACUUCAACACAGAAGGCGAGGAUACGGACAGCAACAAUGAAGCAAUCGUGGCAUAUUUUCCUGGUGUGACGCCAAGAUUUACAAGGUAUGUAAUAACUGUGUUGCUCAUUGUGUUGCUGCGUGUAUUGACCCUUGACUUGCUUCUACAAUGUUGCUUGUUGUGUUGCUGUAACAAAUUUCUUUACAACAGUGAAGCCGUCUUCAAAAUGGCAGAGUUUUACAACGUGGUAAAAAAAAUGUAG